AUUGCAUCAAUGCAUCGACUGCUUCUAAUGCGCAUCUCGGCGUCUUUUCCGCAGUCAAGCACUCGUGCAGCAUGCUCGAUUUCGGUUUGUCAGACCAGCAGCGUCGAUACGUCGCGAUCGCCACGAAGCGAAACAUAUGGACGCGACCCAAUGGUAGGCAACCGAUUCCUGAAGUUGUUAAUCCGGCCGCCUUCAAAGGCUACUUUCGAUGAUUCAGCCCAUUCGUUAUCUUUGGACCAGAGGAUCCGCCACGUCAUGUCGAGAAUCAAAUGCCAGUGCGCGACCCAACCUCGCCCUCGACCAAAAUAACCGUGUGCCUUCUCCGAAGUUCUUCAUUAUCUGACCACGCGGGGAAACCCCCGGCGUUGCUACCCGCAACUUCUGCGCAUCCAUUUGAUCCUUCAAGGCUCUGUAGCCUGUGAAUGUACGCGUGAUGGAGUUCCUGUGGAGCCGUGCCGUCUGAGAGGAGGAUCGCGGGCGCCGAGGGGUGUGGGGUUGGUCAGCGAUGCACUGGCUCAGGGUGCGCUGGUUGCACCGUAGGACACAAGUGUUCGGCGAAGGAUGGUGUGCUUUGCACAGUGAAUCGCGCCCAGCGUCUGUCCCGAGAGAGGCAGAGAAGUUCCACAGAAGUGAUCGUACUAAGAGCAGGCGGGCGA